GAAAAUACCGAAGGUGGAAUAACAACAAAACAUGGCCGAGAACGUACAAAACGAAAGUGUCGUUGUCUGGGAAUGGAUGAACGAUUUUGGCCAUUGGAAAGCCUAUGAAUCAAGUGUUGUUGAGUUUAUUGAAAAGAAGAAGUACUCUUGCCCUCAUGUAUUCUUGGGUGAAGCCGAUAGAACACUGUCCAAUUACGUUUUGGACACAAGAAAAAUGGAACAAAUUCGUGUAGAUUCAGGAACCUGUCGGAGUGUUCGUCGGAAGGUGUUUCCCCCUCAGAGUCCACCGGCUAUAGGCAUAAGUUGGCAAUGGUGGGGAGAUCACAGAGAGUGGCAUCACUAUGACUUCGAUGUGGCAUCUCUGCUGGAAGAUGCCCACAAAAAUAAAAAUAAAACCAUAGAUCUGGAAAAAACAAUCUAUUCUCUUCCAUACACAGUUGACUUGAUGGCUAUGGUGCAACGACGCAACGGAACUGGAUACCCCAGGCCAGUGCAGAGGAUGAACUACCCAAGAUACCCAGCAGAUAAAACAGUGACAAUGGAUGCAAACUGUGCCAGUGUUCAUCUCGGAGCAGAUUUGAAUCGAAAACAUGGUCUCAGUGAUUCCAGUAUUGAGUCUGGUAAAAACAGCCAAGCAACAAAGAGUAAACCAUCAAAAAAGAAAAACCGAAGCACCGUUGCUCCAAAAGACCCACGACCCCCAAGUUCCAGAAAUUUAACUCGAACAUUCCUCAGUAAAUCAAGGUCUUCAGACAGUGUAUCUGCUACGUUAAGUCAGGCUCCAUUCAUGCCUAUCAAUGAAUAUGAAAAAAGCCCCUGUCCACCAGUGACAGUGCCAGUCAAUCAAGUGAAAGGAAGUGUGAUCAUAAGCCCUGUGAUGACAGGAGUGACUAACAUGCUGCUGACACCCAUUAUGCCGAUAUAUCUGUCACAGACUAUAACGAUUAACCCACCGCAAGGAACAGCUAGCCUUGGUAACGCUAAUUCUGGGGCUAAGCCAAAGAGGAAAGAACGUAAACCAAAGAAAAUGAAUGAUGAAAAGAAUGAUUCUAAUGGAGCUACGACUGUGUUGAAAGUGUAUACUGUUGAAAUUCAAGACCCAAAUACUGAUGACGAUUGCUGUAUCUGUUGUGAACAGCUCCAGGCGUCUGCUGGUUUUGCCCAGAACAUGACAGACACAGUGGUGCUCAAACUGAACAAGUGUGAUCACAUGUUCCACAAGUCUUGUCUAAUUGCCAUGUAUGACAGCGGAAUGAAGGAUGGCCACCUACAGUGUCCAACUUGUAAGACCAUCUACGGAGAGAAGUUUGGUAACUGUCCGGCAGGCCGGAUGGAGAUAAACACCAUACCAGAUGCACUACCUGGUGAAAGCUGUAAUACUAUCAGGAUUGUAUACCACAUAUCUUCAGGAAUACAGCAAGCCAACCAUCCCCACCCAGGACGACCGUUCACUGCCCGAGGUUUCCCACGCAUGUGUUAUCUACCCAACACAGAAAAGGGGCGUAAAGUCAUGUUGCUUCUCAAGAUCGCUUGGGAGAGGAGGCUUACGUUCACUAUAGGGGCUUCGACCACUACUGGAGAACAGGACACUGUCACCUGGAACGAGAUUCACCACAAGACAGAGUUUGGAACACGUAGCACUGGCCAUGGAUAUCCUGAUCCAAAUUAUCUUGAUAAUGUUCUGGCAGAGCUUGCAGUUCAGGGUGUGACGCCUUGAGUGCCUAAGUACCCACAUCGAGAUAUGAUCGGCUGCUUGCCUCCAGCAUUGCACUAAAGAUUACUGCUUAUAAGUCUAAAGUGACCAAAAUUUUUUGUUGUUAUGAUACACACUGCCUGUAUUGAGGAAGUACUUUCAUGUACUGUUAUUACUGUAUUACAAUUGUAUUGGUGCUUUGUAUGCUUUUGUAAGGAUAAUGUUAGCUUUAAGAGUCAUUCCAUUAUUUGUAUGUUGGGAUGGUGUUUUUGUAGCCAUUUUGAAUUCAUAACACAAGCAAAUAUACUCUGUGUACAAUGUACUUGUUUAAGCCUGCUGAGAGGCAAAAUUAGGCAUAAUGGUAUAUGUGUGUAUAGAUGCACUACACCAGCGUCAAAUAAGUCCUUGUGAUGAAUUAUUAACUGGUAAAGGGACUCUACAGCCUAUAGGCAGGAGCCAAGUAGGUCAGAUUAAGUUUCACAUAGUCACCAACAGGAGUCUUUCAAAUCUCAUAGUACAGUGGAACCUCCCUUAGCGGACACCUCUCUAUUAAGGACAAGUUCUCUAUUAAGGACAAUAGUUUUGGUCCCAAAUUGGUACUUUCCAUUCAAUUUGACCUCUCUGAUCAGGACACCUCUCUAUUAAGGACAGCAUUUGUCAGUCCAGAGGGUGUCCUUAAUAGAGAGGUUCUACUGUACCCUGAAAUCAUUCACCCAUGUACAAGAAUAUGUUUAAUGCUGAAUGAAACACAAUUCAGUCAUCUUGGUUUUGUGUUUUGGUCUCCUUAAGAAGACCAGUGUACAUGUAACACCCUGGCCCCUGCCUCUGGUCCCAAUAUCAUCUUUCUUUUCAAACUACAUGUAUAUGAUAAUGAUGAUAAAAUAUAGAGUCUUAUACCUAGCUCUAUGUGUAUCCAAUUUGAACACAGAUCAUCUGAUAUGUUUCUUUAUUCAGAUGGAUUCAGUAUUCUUUGAGUGUGUGGUCAACAUGUACAUUGAUCAUUGAUGUAUUACCACUGUAAGAGUACUGUGGCAGAAUCUCAUUGAAAUCUUUGUCAGGAGGUGUAAAUGACUGAUUCUAAAACAACAGGAUUUAGAUCGAAGUGCACAUUACAGUGUAAAUGAACUACGUGCCGAUGAAGCCUUGUUUUGAAAUCGGCAGUUAUGGUUUAAGGAAUUGAACCCGAGGCGGAGGACCUUGGUUGAGUUACCAAGACACUCGAGGGUGGAGCUAAAAUACAGUCCAAACCCGAGCUAAAAUACCUAAAACUUAAAAAGAUAGGCCACGAAAAUAACUUGAAUAUGUGCGAAUUUGGCAAAUUCCAUCCAUCGCCGGCCCGGCCGGAGCGCCGGUAGCGCCGUUGUUUACAUUAUGUUACGGCAACGUUACAGAAAAUGAGACAUGUACAUUUUGUACAGCGCGCAUAGGAAGUCCGCAUCGGCUCGCUCAAGUGAUGCUAAAAUCCGCGCAAAUGGGCUAUUUGGAGCGUUUUUCUCGGCAAAUAUGUGUAGUGCUCAUUAAAAAACUUAGGGUGGUUGAUGCUUCCUUGGCUGAUUUGUGUUUGAAGCAGUGUUUUGAGAGCCUCAAACUUCUGAAGUGAGCUGAAAUUCCAUUGACGUGACGUGUGCAUGGUUUCCACAUUUUAGUGCAACCCGAGGGAACUUUGGUAGAGCAUCUUGGUUGCGUGUCCAAAACACUCCGCUCUCAGAACGAGGCUUAUGCAUUUUCCAUUUAAAAGUUGACUUUACGGUACCAAGGUAUUUUAGAAUAGGCAAUCAUAACCGCUUGCGUUGGUGCAAAAUGUGGAAGCAUAUCAAAAGCAUUUCAAAAACCACAUUAUUCGUUAUUUAAUUUGAGAUGUUUUAGAAUAGAAAUUGAUACCUCACUGUCGGUAUUGAUUGUCUCACCAAAACUGCUCGGGUGGAGCUAAAAUAUUGGCCAAAACCUCAGUGUACCCACACGGUUUUGGUGAGACAAACAGGACCGACAGUGAGGUAUCAAUUCCUUAAUUGUUAGAAUCUAUGACGUCAUUUUACAUGUAUGUAUGUACCUUUCCAUUAUCAACAAGAAAACUAAAGUUGGACUGGUCUUAUUGAUUAGUGCUAUGCUAUGUUAGGCUACUGUGUAAUCAAGCGGGGAGAAAAAAUAAAUGGAAGUUGGACAUAGUACAUGUUCCCAUGCUAGCUCGCCUGCUUGACCGUUUAAAUUUUCUUUUUCAAAGCUAAUUGUUCAGGUGUCGUUUAAACAGGAGGAGACAAAAAUUUUGAGGAGACAAAAAUUUAAUUGGUCGGCAUCACGGAACAAGGUGUUCUGUGUAAUCCGGCUCAAUAGAAUGUUUUGUGUUAUGUAUGACGUUAGGAUUGCUGCUUGUUAUGUUUACUAGAUGUAUUUUUAUUUUGGCUUCCAAAUAAACGUGAUAAAUAA